CCGACUCACCACGAGCGAUGCGAUUCUUAAGGCUUCCUUUCCAAGGCAUCAAUUACCUCUUCGUUGCGCCAAACCGUGCGUCCAACUGAUCUGACCCGACUUUUCUUUGGACGAUGAAUCCUCCAGUCCUUGCAAUCCGCGAACUCUGCGCGACAGGGCGCGGUCGGUGGAUGGUUCGGCUACGCUACGGCCAACGGGAAUGGGAGUGCGACCUCACAGACCCAGCCUUAGAGCACGAAGAUUGUUCCCAACGAUCGCUCAACUGGGUAUUCGACAAGUUUCCGAGGCAAUAUCCUUACGAGUCGGCAAGAGCGCAUCUGAUCUUUCAGAACUUGCUGCGUUACGCUGUCUUGGUGAGCCGCCAGCUUCGCUUGCUUGACGCCUUCGCUUCAGAGGGCGUCGACGAGCCCCAAAUUGAGCCGAGCGUGGACGAUGAAACAAGCGACAAACCUACAGUUGUUCUCGCGAUUCAAGCUGCGGACUCUGAUUCUCUAUUCCAUGGGAUUCUUUGGGAGUCACUCGAGUCUCUGUCUUAUCUAAACAGCCACCAGCCACCUGUCGCGUAUCGUGUGCAGCGAUUACACAGCCUUUCGAGCCGCACGUUGUUCUUACCGACACCAGACCUGCGAGGUGGGAGCGGCGAUAUAGUCAAAUACACUUUCAAUAUCCUGUUUGUGGUGUCGCGGCCAAGCGAGGACGAAGACAUCGACCCGCACCUGGCGUGCAGCGCUGCCCUGAAAAUCUUGGCCUUGAGUCCUGCAUCCGUCAGUGCAAAGGUCAACAUCGAAGUGGCCAGGCCCGGGACGUGGAAUGCAUUCUCCGAGCACAUCACCUCUCGCACGAAGGAAUGGCAUGAGAAAGGUGGCGUCGGACCAUGGUUUGAUCUGGUCCAUUUCGACGUUCAUGGCGUCGUCGAGGAUGGCCGACCAUUCUUGAGGUUCCUCACCCGGAGUGGGACUCGGGAGCUUCAUCAAAGCGUUGAGAAGAUCGGCAAACUACUGCAAGAUAAUGAGGUUGGCGCCGUUCUGAUGAACUCGUGCGAGUCUGCCGUGGUCACGGAACAUGAGGACUCUAAUCUCGCGGCGUUAUUACUCGAAUACGGUAUCGCGACUGUCAUCGGCAUGCAAUUUCCACUGACUGCCUCUGCUGCAACUGUCUUUGCAGAAGCUUUCUACAUGCAUCUCUUUAACAUGGACGAGGGCAUUCUGGCAGCCACCAGCUUUGCACGCGAGAUGCUCCUCGGCAACCGUUCAAGGUCGGCAAAUCUCGGUGUGCGCGUCGAGCUUCCUGAUUAUGUGAUCCCCGUGGCCUAUUACAACCCAGAAAACCAAUCCAAGGCAGCAACCGGGCUUCGACAGUUCCCGGGUCCGACUCCAGAAGCGGUCAGAAGAGUGAAUGCCUUGAGGUCUCUCAUGCUUCAGCACCAACAACUUGGGUCCUUCUUCGGCCGGGAUUAUGAUGUCAUGAAGCUCGAAUGGAAGCUACUGCACUCCAGGGGCUCUAACAUUGUUCUUAUAACCGGCCUACGAGGAUCCGGAAAGACCAUGCUGGGGCUGUGGCUCCUCCACUGGUGGAUGAGCACCGGUCUAUGCGAGAAACUGUGGCAUUGGUCGUACGAGCCGGGGCGUUCGCAGUUUGACAUCGUCAGUUGGCUGAGGGACAUCUACGACGAGUCAAAGCCCGAUUUUCCUGCGAAGAGAGACGGCAUUAUUGACGAUCUACGAGGCCGCCGGGAAGUGUUCUUUGUCGAUGCUUUGGAGUGUGCUUUCCGGCCUGGUGGGCAGCAAGCCGAUUCGGUGACGGAAAAUGACCAGCGGUUUCUCAAGGAUUUCAUCAAGCGGCUCGAGGGUGGAAAGUCAAUCGUUCUCCUGACUUCAACGUUGACGGAAGAAUGGCUAGAGCUUUCGCCCAAGUGCGUGUUCCGGCUGCACGGUCUCUCACAUCACCACUCGUUCCGUCUCGUCAGAGAGACGCUCAUUGGUACGCCCUACGAACGCUUCGUCGAGGACCGCGAGCAGGUGCGAUUUCUCCGUUACAUGCUGUACUGUCUACAUUUUAACCCAGCUUCAAUCAUUACUACGGUCAAAGGCAUGCUGCAAUUAACGAACGAAAGCGACAAGAAUCCAAAGACGGCCUUCGAGAAUUUGCUUCUCUCGUGGCUUCCCGACAUCAGCACUCAGACAUCAGUUGCCUGUUUUGAAUUCGUGAAGAGGCUUCAGGCUACCUUCGCAUCCAAUCAAGUCAAGACGCUCAUGCUCCUUGGGUUUGGCGCACCGACAAACACGUGGUCGGAGUCAUUCUACGAGUUCCUCGCAUCGACUGUCAGCGGCUUUUGCGCUGACACCAUACUAACCGCAAAGGAUGUCGCAGACUUUGUGAAAACCAACUUUAUAGGAACUGGGUGGGUUGAAGAACUGUCAGUUGAGGAAGACGAUCAUGGUCAUGGCCCCCACUUCCUGAUCCAUCCUAUUCUGACAAACACUUUGCGCAUGAUUCUUGACUCGAGCCAAUACCUCGAAGCACCUUACUUCCCAGAAGUCCUCGAUCAGGCCCAAUAUGCAAACUGGCAAGGAAGAGUCUUCAAGUCCUUCUACUGUGACCUGGCACUUCGAUCGUUACAUUCCUGGCGACGAGACGACACCACGACCACGGAAGCCAAAGUUAACUCGAUGAACUACUUUUCCGCGCUGACCCAUCUGUCCAAAAACGUCCCCCAAUACUCCAUUUGCCCCAAAGCAGCCCAGAUUGGCGUUAGCAUGGGGCUGUCUUUCUCGUUACACCUCUGUCGCCAGCUUGCUGACUCUAACGCUGCGGCGCUCCCUUUUGACGUCAUUCUCGAAUACGCACAGGUUACCCUCCGCCUAUUUGAAGACGCUACCACGCACAUCCAGCAGUGGUACGGCAUAUUCGCCAGCUUAUAUUGCAGCCUGUGCCACUCCCUCACGCAGUUCUACUCCUUCAAGGAUGCCAACAAGGCUUUGGAAUUCGUCCGCAAGCGGCUCACUGUCGGCCUAUCAGUAUUGGCUCCAGGGUCUGGACCAGUUGACGGCGAAGAUGGCAACUCCGCGGCUUGCCGCCAGGCGCUGCAAGACCUCGUCCAUCUCUGGUUACUGAAGGACGUGCGCGUACUUCGAGCGAAGGUAGCACUAGUUACCGCCUUGGUUCUCGCCCGCUCUUCUCGCCCGCCUCAACCGCGAUCGUUCUACGACCAAUUUGUCCAUGUUUGUUUGCUCCUCAAACGGGCAUCGCAAAACAUGCGCGAGGGUUCCUCGGUUGUGGACAAGUUCCGGUCACUCGAGCGCCGAAUCACCGCGGAACAGCUCGUCGACCCUACGGUUCGCGAGCAGGAACCCACAACACAGCUACAGACGGUGGACGUCCUCCCCGCGCUGGUAAUUGCAUGGAACUCCGAGGAUCGGUGCCUUGACGCGGAUGCGAUACACCAAUCUUUGACAAAGGCGGAUCUUCUCAUCGAGACGGGGUCCGCGGACAGUGCUAAGGAAGUGCUCAUCCCCCUUCUCCGGCAGGCCGUUUUGACCGGGGACAAGGCUGCCGAGUUCUUCUGCCAUCGAGGACUAGCACUUGUCUACUCGGCCAUAGCGGAGUGGGAAGUUGCUGGCCAGCAUGCCGAGCACGCCGUAGAGGUGUACGCUAACAGUCGGGAAUACUCCAAGGCUGGCUGGAUUGCCGAGACGGAUUUCCAGAGGACCCUGAUGACGCUGAGAAUUGCACUCAUUUUCGCUCGGUCUAGCAAGUGGCUUCUUGCGCUGCGAGCGUUUCAGGAUAGCAUUUGGCGAGGCAUCCCUGCAGCUUACAAGGAGCUUUCCGACUAUGCUUCGUCAAGAGCAUUCAUGGAAGAGGCUAGGUUCGAACUUGGGUUUGGAAUCAUGCUGCUGAACUCGGCGCCACAUUAUCUCAUCUCCACGCCAGAGGUCGAGGAGAUGCGCGAAUCGUUCGAAGCGUGGUUCAGGGAAGUGGCACCGACUACGUGGCCGGAUUUCGACAUGUCCACCCUCAGGACCGAGGACGCUCGGCUCUUCGGCCAUCAGUUGCCCCUGGAGGAUCACCCUUCCAGUGCCGAACUCAACGCCGUUCUUCGUACGUACGACAGGAUGAUUCGAGGAGAUGUGGAUCCACAGGCACUGGCGAUGAUGCUCAGCAAUGUCGGAUUUAACUUCGACGUCGAACUAAUAGAGACGAGCAGGCUUCUCAUUCAAAAAAACGUGAAUAAUGUCAUUAGGGAGGUUGUUGUUAAAUGGCAGAGCGAGAGCCAGACCGAGUCAAAUUCACCGCUACCACCUACUCCUGAGUUGUCCUAUUUCUUGGAGCUCGCUCGACAAAGCUUUACCGAGGAGGCCGCGUACGCCCGGUUAGACCUCGAGCCGGUGGUGACGUGGGAGCGGCUGUCGCAAGUUGUGAUUUCCUGGGCCGAAGACGGGAUGCCGCCGAACGAAGGGGCACGAGCAUCGCGUGUGAUUCUAGGUCUGCUGAAAGCGAUGUACGAGGACAGGGAGAAUGCACCGGCGGGUUGCUCCGUUGUUACCGUUGAGAGAGUGGUUGAGCUGCUUUUGAAUGAGGAUGGGCACACGGACUCAGACGUCCUGAGACAGGUGCUCACUCUAGUGGCGCCCAAGUAUAUGGCAGCAGUAACAGAUGUAUUCUAACUAACUAACCCAUAUUGACCGACUCAAACUAGGCACUGAACGUGAUGGAAAACUUAAUAUAAAUAGAUGAAAGCAUGCGCCAAGGCCUUAAGACUUAUCUUACUCAUAUUCUCAGAAGUCUUCUUCGCU